AUGAUCCCCGCAAGAUCUCUCCCCCUUCGCCGCCUCGCCGCCGCGCGACCCGUUCCCGGCCUUGGAGCCACGACCCUACCAACCUUCACCGCGGCGCGCCGGGUUGGGGCUCAGGUCCGGUGGAGCACGCAUAACCCCAAGGAAGGCGACCUCGGUGGACCCGGCGGGCAGGAACCUGUGCCGUCCACGAGCAGUGCCGCGCAGAGCUGGCCUACGCUGGUUGCUAUUGCUGCUGUUGGACUCGGUGUUGGGAGCUAUCUUGUUCAUAUGACGGGUUGUCUAAUAUCACUACCUGUGACUUUGAAAACCUGA